UAACUAGUUUUAAUUUUAAAUUAAUUUAUGUAUUUUUCAUAAUUAUACAAUUUUUAAAACCCUCUAAUGGUUUCUUUUGUUUAAACAUUUGCAUAUUUUAAAUAAACUUUGAUAUUGUAAUUUAUCUUUCACAUUUGUAAAAUGAUGGGUAAUAAAAACGGACCAAGUUUGGCUAAGAGAGUGGAAGAUAAUGUUCUGGGUGUUUUGAGGGAAAGGGAACGUGAGUUAGAUGAUCAGAUUUACGACUACUCUCUUGUAGAGAGUAAGCUUGCCAAAAACAGAGAUGAUGAAACUCUUGAAUCUAUUCGUGAAGCUAGGCUCCGUGAGCUUAAAAACUUGUACUAUAAGAAACAGGAAUAUGUUUCAAAAGGAUUCGGAUCUUUAAAUGAAGUUUACUCAGAUAAAGAAUUUUUUGACGCUUGCAGAAAUGUUGAUUCUGUCGUGGUGCAUUUUUACAGGCCUACAACAACUAGGUGCGCAUACCUGGAUUCACACCUCAUAAAGGUCGCAGAUUCACACUUUGAUACUAAGUUUAUUAAAGUAAAUGUAGAGAAAACGCCUUACAUUUGUGAAAAGUUUAAUAUUUGGUGCAUUCCCACGUUGAUGAUAAUAAAAGAAGGUAAAACGAAUCAUUCGAUCGUUGGUUUCAAUGAGUUGGGAGGUGACGGGUUUUCAACUGAAACACUUGUGGCAGUUCUUGAUAAACAUGGUGUUAAACAACCCUCAACUAAAUAA